CAGCUCACUUCAAUUCUCACCCUUUGUGGUGUCCACAAUCCUCCUCAUUUCUCAAGUCAGCUAAACGCAACAUCUCACUUCUUCUACAUAAAUAAAUAAUAUAUAUUUCAGGCCUGUUGUAAUCAGUAAAUUGGAGAAAGCCGGUUCUGGAAUCGGAAGCAAAUAGGGGAUGGGUUCGGCGGGGAAAGCAAUCUACACCGUCGGUUUCUGGAUCCGAGAGACAGGCCAAGCCCUUGAUCGAUUGGGCUGCCGCCUCCAAGGCAACUAUUACUUCCAUGAACACCUGUCGAGGCAUAGAACUUUGAUGAACCUGUUUGACAAAGUACCAGUUGUUGAAAAGGAUGCAUUUGUGGCCCCAAGUGCCUCUAUAGUUGGUGAUGUUCACAUUGGUCGUAGUGCUUCUAUUUGGUAUGGAUGUGUUCUGCGAGGUGAUGUGAACAGUGUUAGCAUUGGAGCCGGAACCAAUGUCCAGGAUAAUUCUCUAAUUCAUGUAGCUAAAUCAAAUAUCAGUGGAAGGGUUUUGCCCACGACUAUUGGGAAAAAUGUUACCAUAGGUCAUAGUGCUGUAUUACAUGGAUGUACUGUUGAAGAUGGGGCAUUUAUCGGCAUGGGUGCAACUGUGCUUGAUGGGGCGGUUGUAGAGAAAAAUUCUAUGGUUGCUGCUGGUGCCCUUGUCAGGCAGAAUACAAGGAUUCCAUGUGGAGAGGUCUGGGGAGGAAAUCCAGCAAGGUUCUUGAGGAAGCUCACAGAAGAAGAAAUAAUGUUUAUCUCCCAGUCAGCCAUGAACUAUUCCAAUUUAGCGCAGGCCCAUGCAGCUGAAAAUGCAAAGAAGUUGGAUGAGAUUGAAUUUGAGAAGGUGCUGCGGAAGAAAUUCGCUCGUAAGGAAGAAGAGUAUGACUCUAUGUUGAGUGGUGUUCGUGAUACACCUCCAGAGCUUGUCCUGCCUGAUAAUGUCCUAUCAGACAAGGCACCAAAGGCCUCCUAAGUGUGGGUUCCGACUGGAGGUUCCCCUGGGUUUUCUGAUGCUAUUGGGCAACUCCUUUUGUUUUGGGCGGAUUAAGGUGCAAAUGCCUGCGUUUAGUUUCCAAUAAUUGAGGCCAGGCUGAAAUAUCAAAGAUCAAUACUGGUAUGCAGCUCUAGCAUUUUUUAACUUACCCUGUCUGGCUAACCAGAGCCUAUUGACUGUUCAUGACAAACCAAAGCUACAGUCGAGCUUAAAUUUUUGACUGUUUAAGGAAUAUGAGAAACUCCACCGGUUAUCCUCCUCGA